GAGCUGGAGGAUGGUCUCCUCUUGUCUCAGACAGAUACCAGUGGUUGGAGGUGGAUCUGGGGAGGCGGACCCAAAUCACUGUUGUUGCCACACAGGGACGCUACGGCAGCUCCGAUUGGCUGACAGCUUACCUGUUGAUGUUCAGCGACACAGGACACAACUGGAGACAACACCGGCAGGAAGACAGCUUAGGGGUAACUCUACUGGCUUUUCCAGGUAACAGUAAUGCAGACACUGUGGUCCAAUACAAACUUAAACAGGCGGUGAUUGCUCGCUACCUCCGCCUGAUUCCUCUAGACUGGAACCCCACUGGGAGGAUUGGACUCAGACUGGAGAUAUAUGGAUGUCGAUAUACUUCUGACGUGGCCAACUUUGAUGGCAGCAGCAACCUGGUCUACAGGCUGAGUGUGAGGCCGAGCUGGGCAGCGAUGGAGGUCAUCUCUCUGAAGUUUAAAACCCUGACGAAUUCUGGGACACUGCUCCAUGCGGAGGGACAGAGAGAUCACAGCCUCACUCUGGUGUUGGAGAAAGGAAGGCUGCUGCUUUACCAUCAACAAGGUGUGAGUUCAUCCUCUAGCGGUCAGCUUCUUGUUUCUCUGGGAAGUCUGCUUGAUGAUCAGCACUGGCACCAUGUAAAGCUGGAGCGGCUCAGCACUCACCUCAAUCUCACCGUGGAUAAAAACACUCACCAGGUUCACAUACCGGCUGAGCUCAGCCACUGGGACAUUCACCAGCUAAGUCUGGGAGCAGCCCAGAGCCAUGGACUGCAGAAACCCAUUCUGUCCAACAGGAACUUCCAUGGCUGCCUGGAAAACCUACUGUACAACGACCUCAACCUGAUAGACCUGGCUAAAAAGAAGAACCACCAGGUCUCUGUAGUGGGCAAUGUGACCUUUUUCUUGUGCUGAACCAGUUUCAGUCGCUGUGACGUUCAUUGACUCCCAGAGCUUCCUACAGUUGCCAGGACUAACAUCGUGGUCGUUAGGGGUUGUCUCUGUAGCUCUGCAGUUCCGGACAUGGAACAAGGCAGGGCUUCUCUUGACCUUUGACCUCCCGGAGCAGGAGGGCACAGUCUGGCUGUACCUAAGUGAGGCCAGACUCCGCCUGCAGAUCAAUAAAGCUGACAGGGCCCAGCUGGAGCUCAGUGCAGG